AUGAUAAUGAUGGUGAAUGUUACCGGCUCCUUUCUGUAUUUACUUAUGUGCGCAGUAGUCUUUUUCACACCGUGCUCUUACUCGCACCCGCAGCCGUGCCAGGUUCUAAAGCGCAUUGGCAACACGGUUCGGGUCGGAGUUCUGCACGUGCACCCUCGCUUACUCCUUGACACAAGCAGUUCCGAUGUCUGGAAUAACGCGCGGGGUCCAACAGAGGCCAGAGACGGCCGAGCGCAUGUGGACAAGCCGCUUCCAAAAAGUGCCGUGGCGGAGUUCGGAAGCCUCCGGAGCAGAGGUUCCGCACCCAGUCAGCGGGGUGGAGGUAGGGGGAAAAUUCACGCACGGCAGCGGGAAGAGAAUGCGUCGUUGGAUAAUCGUUUAUUCGCACCCAGAGAGUCCGUACUUCUCGCGGUAGAGGCUGUGAACCGAGCCGGGAUUCUUCCCUUCAAUUUGUCCCUGGAGCUCGUCAUGGCUGUUGGCUCCGGGCUCGGCGAGCUUCCCGCCUUCUCCUUCACCUCCCCGGGAAGCCCCGAGGACGAGGACCCGCUGUCCUUUGUGGAGAGCGUUUGUCAUACGGUGGUCGUGCAGGGGGUCUCCGCCAUGGUGUCUUUCCCACGAAACCGAGACGAGUUUGUCAAGUUGGAGUUCGUGUCUCAAGCUCUAAGUGUGCCGGUCGUCAGUGUUCUCCCGAAAGAGUUCAAGCGCCAAAGUGAGAAUCCACUUCAUUUCCAAAUGGCCAUGCGGACAGUGGAGGCUCCAGCACCCCAUCUCUUAUAUGCCCUUUUGAUGAUGAAUGGUUGGUGGGACAUAAGUGUGUUGCUCUGCCAGGAAUGGGACAUAAGUGAAUUUAUUUUCCUCAUCAAAAAUAACACUCGUUUCCACCUGGGUACGUUUGUCAACCUGACAACUUCAACCUCUGCACUUACUUCAUCUUCUUUACCAAACUCAGGAGGCGCAUUAAGUAUCUCGACAGUAGCAGAGUUGCCAUCAUCAACAUUUUCCCACCAUUUGUCUUCAUCUGCUUCGACUUCCUCAGCCAAAAUGGAGCAGCAACAAGCGCUCAUGCGGCAGUUGGAGGCCCUGAGAGAGCCUUCAUCUACUGUUGGAGUGGUGACGUUCGGUUGUGAGAUUCGUGAGGUGCGUCGCCUAUGGGCGAUGGCCACUCGGAUGGCGCUUCCAGAAUACCAGUGGAUUUUAGGGGAUGGCCAGAAUGUGGCAGAAUUGAGAACAGAGGGAUUACCUCUUGGACUAUUGGCUCAUGGGGUCAUGGCAUCCCCUUCUCUGGAUCAGUACGUCCAUGAUGCUUUGGAGCUGGUUACACGGGCUAUUGGAAGUGCAGCCCAAGAGAAUCCUGCCCUGGCGCUCAUUCCUGGAACUACAAAUUGUAUGGAUAUACAACAGAGCAAUGGAAGCACAGGGGAAUUUUUGUCAAGAUUUCUAUCCAACACAUCCUUUGAGGGCCAGAGCGGCUUUAUAUCCAGAGAUCGUCAUAGCCAAAAUGUCAUCUCAGAGGCUCAUCACUACAUCUGGUCCCUCCAGCUGGACCCUCUGGGCCAGCCAACCUGGACGAGACUAGGACGUUGGCGCAGAGGGAAAGUUCUGAUGGAUCAGGGGGCCUGGACGAGCCGUCAGGGUUCUGGAGGGGGAGGAGACUGGCGCAGACCCACAAGGCUGCAUUUGCGGGUGGUGACAUUGGUGGAGCACCCAUUCGUAUUCACUCGGGAUGUGGAUGGAGACGGGUUAUGUCCUGCUGGCCAGUUGUGCCUCGACCCACUCACCAAUGACUCAUCAGUUUUACAAAGUUUUUUUCAAAACCUCGCAGGACCAAAUGGAUCUGUGCCCACAGACUCCAAGAAAUGCUGCUAUGGUUAUUGCAUUGAUUUGCUGGAGAAGCUGGCAGAGGAUAUGGGAUUCACUUUUGACCUCUACAUUGUUGGAGAUGGGAAAUAUGGAGGCUUGAAGAAUGGUCGCUGGACAGGAUUAGUGGGUGACCUGCUUAGUGGCGCUGCUCACCUAGCUGUGACAUCUUUUAGCAUUAAUUCAGCAAGAAGCCAAGUCAUUGACUUCACCUCACCCUUCUUUUCCACCAGCCUGGGAAUUCUGGUUCGCACCCGUGACACCGCAGCACCCAUCGGGGCCUUCAUGUGGCCCCUUCACUGGUCAAUGUGGCUUGGCAUCUUUGUCUCUCUUCACGUCACCGCUAUCUUCCUCACCCUCUACGAGUGGCACAGCCCAUUUGGUAUGACACCGCGUGGACGCAACCGAGACCGGGUCUUCUCCUUCUCCUCUGCUCUGAAUGUGUGCUACGCUAUACUUUUCGGGAGAACUGUUGCCAUCAAGCCCCCAAAGUGCUGGACGGGGCGUCUGCUUAUGAACCUUUGGGCAAUUUUCUGUCUCUUCUGCCUUUCUACCUACACUGCUAAUCUGGCGGCGGUCAUGGUUGGUGAGAAGACAUAUGAACAGCUAUCAGGGAUCCAUGACCCAAAGUUGCACCAUCCCUCUCAGGGAUUCCGAUUUGCUACAGUCAGAGAAAGCAGCGCCGAGGACUAUGUCAAAAAGAGUUUUCCUGAGAUGCACGAGUACAUGCGACGAUACAACGUCCCAGCAACUCCAGACGGCAUACACAAUCUUAAGGCCGAUCCCCAGAAAUUGGAUGCGUUCAUUAUGGACAAAGCUCUGCUAGACUAUGAGGUCUCAAUUGAUGCAGACUGCAAGACACUGACUGUUGGCAAACCAUUUGCUAUAGAAGGAUAUGGGAUUGGACUUCCUCAGAACUCUCCCCUCACUUCCAACUUCUCUGAGCUUGUCAGUCAGUACAAGUCGGAUGGCUUCAUGGACAUGCUGCAUGACAAAUGGUACAAGGUGGUGCCGUGUGGGAAGCGCAGCUUUGCUGUGACUGAGACCUUACAGAUGGGUAUAAAGCAUUUCUCCGGGCUCUUUGUGAUGCUGUGUGUGGGUGUGGCCUUAUCUCUGCUGACCACUAUUGCAGAGCACAUCGUGUACAAACUGGUAAUCCCGAGGGUCAAGGAGCCACGUUUCAAAUACUGGCUACACACUAGCCAGAGAUUGCACAGAGCGCUUAAUUCAGUCUUUGCUGACGACAAGCUGCAGACUAUCACCAAGCCUGAGAAGAGGUGCAACGAAGGAAACAACAAGUCAGCAUCUUGGAAUUCUGCAGAGCCCUCUCUCUACAACAGGCAUAGAGUUCCUGCAAACGAGGCCCACAAUGACUUGGAACACCCGCCCUCCCAGGAUCUUCCUUUACCACCACCAGCUUCUGCGUUUCCGCUUCACCAUUCUCUUCCUCUAAUGGACAAACACCUUCCCAUCGUGACCACCUCUAAUGGCCGCUCAAACCUACUGAGCCGCUUGUGUGCCCAAGGACAGGGAAGCGCCGCACUGGGUAUGACUCCAGGACCGUGUCUGGGUGUGGGAGACUCUGGCUCUGGGCUGGGUAUGGGUCGAAGUCCACUGGUACAGGAACUGUCAGAACUGGAGAACCAAAUCUCUAUGAUCAAACAGCAAUUGCAGUCAGCCAUGAGGAGGAAGAGAGAGCUUGAAAAGUACCAGUUAGAAAACCCACUAGCAAACCAGACUACACCUAGCCCAGCUACUGUGCACCAGCCUAACCAGCUCUCCCAGUAUACACAGUCGCACCAACAGACUAACCAACACCAAAACACACUCCCAGAAUUCUGA